GAACGGGCUCACAACCUUGUUAGCCUAUCACAGUUCAGAUCUCUACGUUGUGACAUCAAAAUUAUAAGUUGAAAAAGUGAAAGCCCGUUUUUAUCCUUUUUUACCAACCAACUUUGAAGCUAACUUACAUCGUUUUAAAAUCAACAAACAGUAAUCCAACAUGGGCGAUGAAGGCGGCGGCGGCGGACAUGGUAAGGGCGACCUCAAGUCCUUUCUCAUGGACUUCAUGAUGGGCGGCGUUUCGGCGGCGAUAGCCAAGACGGCAGUGGCGCCCAUUGAGCGUGUGAAGCUCAUCCUGCAGGUGCAGGAGGUGUCCAAGCAGAUCGCGGCAGAUCAGCGCUACAAGGGCAUCGUCGAUUGCUUCAUUCGCAUUCCCAGGGAGCAGGGAUUCUCGUCCUUCUGGCGCGGCAACUUGGCCAACGUAAUCCGUUACUUCCCCACCCAGGCUCUCAACUUUGCCUUCAAGGAUGUGUACAAAUCGGUCUUCCUCGGCGGCGUGGACAAGCACAAGCAGUUCUGGCGCCACUUUGCCGGAAACUUGGCCUCUGGCGGUGCUGCAGGUGCCACAUCUCUGUGCUUCGUGUAUCCGCUGGACUUUGCCCGAACCCGCUUGGCCGCCGAUGUGGGCAAGGGCGGCAAUCGGGAGUUCAACGGCCUGAUCGAUUGCCUGAUGAAGGUGAUCAAGAGUGACGGACCCAUUGGCCUGUACCGUGGAUUCAUUGUGUCCGUGCAGGGCAUCAUCAUCUAUCGAGCGGCAUACUUUGGAUUCUAUGACACGUGCCGCGAUUUUCUGCCAAAUCCGAAGAGCACACCCUUCUAUGUGAGCUGGGCCAUUGCCCAGGUGGUCACCACCGUGGCCGGCAUUGCGUCCUAUCCCUUCGACACCGUGCGCCGUCGCAUGAUGAUGCAGUCUGGCCUGAAGAAGUCCGAGAUGGUGUACAAGAACACGGCCCACUGCUGGGUGGUGAUUGCCAAGCAGGAGGGCAUCGGGGCCUUCUUCAAGGGCGCCCUAUCGAACAUCAUUCGCGGCACGGGCGGCGCCCUGGUACUCGCCCUCUACGACGAGAUGAAGAAGUACUUUUAGCCCCACUGUGCGGCCGUUUGUGGUGCCGCAUCCGCUUCCGCAGCAAAUGGCACAUCACGAUGGCACCGCACCAGCGGAACCCACCGUUCACCUCUCACGUGGAGGUGGCGGAGAAGGAGGAGGAGGAGGAGGAGGAGUAGGACUUGGUCCCACGAGCCCAGUAAAUUAGUAGUUUGAUUUGAAUGGUGGCCCAUGUGGCGGCCCCUCAUUUCAGAUUGUGUUCACUUUCGCAGCGAUUGAGAAAAUACAAAUAAUUUAUUGAACUUAAA